GGGCGCGGGGCCGGGCAGUCGGGCUCGGCGGCGGCAGCGGCAGGAUGGCGGCGGCGGGCGCGGGCGAGGCGCGCCGGGUGCUGGUGUACGGCGGCCGGGGCGCGCUGGGCUCGCGCUGCGUGCAGGCGUUCCGGGCGCGCAGCUGGUGGGUGGCCAGCAUCGAUGUGGUGGAGAAUGAAGAGGCCAGUGCCAGCGUGGUGGUGAAGAUGACAGACUCCUUCACGGAGCAGGCCGAGCAGGUGACCGCAGAAGUGGGCAAGCUCUUGGGGGAGGAGAAGGUGGACGCCAUCCUGUGCGUGGCCGGAGGGUGGGCCGGUGGCAAUGCCAAGUCCAAAUCUCUCUUUAAGAACUGCGACAUGAUGUGGAAGCAGAGCAUCUGGACGUCCACCAUCUCCAGCCACCUGGCCACCAAGCACCUCAAGGACGGAGGCCUCCUCACCUUGGCAGGGGCCAAGGCGGCCCUGGAUGGGACUCCUGGGAUGAUCGGCUACGGCAUGGCCAAGGGCGCAGUGCACCAGCUCUGCCAAAGCCUGGCGGGGAAGAACAGCGGCAUGCCCGCGGGCUCGGCCGCCAUCGCCCUGCUUCCGGUUACCCUGGACACCCCGAUGAACCGGAAGUCCAUGCCUGAGGCCGACUUCAGCUCCUGGACCCCCUUGGAGUUUCUAGUGGAAACCUUCCAUGACUGGAUCACAGAGAAAAACCGACCCAGCUCGGGAAGCCUAAUCCAGGUGGUCACCACGGAGGGAAAGACAGAGCUGACCCCUGCGUAUUUCUGAGCCCCAUGUUGUGCGAGGGCCCGGCGGGAGGAGUUGUCGGUGGCUCAUGUGGCCGCAUCUGGGCCUCCCAUUGUUUGUUCUGUCCGUGGUGCCAGAUCUCUCUGCUCAUUCUGUGUCUCCUGUGUCCGUGUGGAAUAAUGCCCCAUGUGCCCGUGCUGGGACCGUGAUUUGGAAUGUUUCUGUCUUAGACUAGUUUCCUUGGUUGAACUGCCUUAAGUCCCCCUUGGUGUGUGAGCUUGUGCCCUGGGCUCUGUGGCAUGUCUGUCACUGUGUCAUUGCCAAGUCUUUUUCAUCCAAUAAAUGUACUUCACUCAU